AUGCCUCCUAAACGAAAGCGCACUGACAAUGAUAACGCCGAAGACGAUUCAGAGAAGGGAUACGCCUAUUUGAAGCCACAAAUUCGCCGCGUUCCCGAAAAGACGAUCAAAUCCAAAUGGACGACCCUUCCAGAGCCAGUUCAGGACAAGGUUCGAGAGAUGUUUCAUGCGCUUGAGCGCCCGGUGGUUAUGCGCCAGCCGAAUGAACGGAAGCGGAUUGAGGCACGGAGCGCAGUUCAAGCAGUGGUACGAAAGUAUGUUGGACCUCCCAUUUUGAAGCCAGUGGAUUCUAAGCGCCUCGACCUUGGAAAGCGAUUACCUCGGAUGCCAUUCCCACCCAUUACCAAUAGCGGGAACUUCGAUUACGAAUCUGCGCUCGAUGAACAUCGGACACUCGAAGCAAGCCUAGCCACGAUGAAAGAUAGCACCGACCUCCUCAAAGCCGAAAUUGCUAAAGAGGAAGCACUCCUUGCCAAUGAAAAGAAAGAGCUCCAGGCAAUGGACAAGAACGCCAAACGAGCGGAGGCCGAGCGAAAGAGGCAGACCAAGAAUGAACACCCUGUUCUUCGGCAGCUGGACGACCUUCCUCCAGACUCCGGGCCUUCUGGAUUUACACUGGUUGAUACUAAGCCCAGCCAGACGACAUUGGAUCAGCUCGACGCCGACCCCGAAAUUCAGGGACUGAUGAAGCAACUUCAUGGCCACCUCCAAUCUAUGCAGACUAAUUCUGCACCGCUUAUGGGACUCAGGGAUGCAAUCACUCGGUCGCAAGCUGCGCUGGACAUUUUUGCAGGAUCUAACGACUGA